AUGGGAAAUGAACAAGUUGAACAAUAUGAACAAAAUGAUGAAUUUAUUUACUCUAAUGAAAAUUAUCCAAAUAUAGAUGAUUUAGUAAACGAAUAUAAUAACAAAUCAACAUCUAGUGAAAAGUUAUUAAUUCUAUUCGAUACUAAAGAA